GUGUCCGGCCCAGACCCCUCCUCCCUCCUUCCUCCGCCCGCCCGCUCCCUGCGCGCCUCUCCCGGGGACGCGGGAGACGCCGUCGCCGGGCCCGGGGCCUGGACCGCGCCGGGCUCCGUCCCCUCGUUCCUCCGGUCCCGCCGCCCGCUCGCCGCCCCGCCGCGGGGCUGGAUGCGGCCCGGCGCCCCUCGGGGGCCGCAGCAAGAUGGCGGAUGUGUCGCUGCUCCAGGAGGACCUGCAGGAGGACAUCGACGGAUUUGGUGUGGAUGACUACAGCUCAGAGUCUGAUGUGAUUAUUAUACCUUCAGCCCUGGACUUUGUCUCACAAGAUGAAAUGUUGACGCCUUUGGGAAGACUGGACAAGUACGCUGCAAGUGAGAACAUAUUUAACAGGCAAAUGGUGGCGCGAAGUUUACUGGACACUUUGAAGGAAGUCAGUGAUGAUGAGAGAGAUUGUAUUGCUGUGUUGGAGAGAAUCAGCAGAUUAGCUGAUGAUUCAGAGCCUACAGUGCGAGCAGAACUAAUGGAACAGGUGCCUCAUAUUGCUAUGUUUUGUCAAGAAAACAGACCUUCCAUCCCAUAUGCUUUUUCCAAGUACUUACUACCUAUUGUGGUACGGUACCUUGCAGACCAGAAUAACCAGGUAAGAAAAACAAGCCAGGCAGCAUUGUUAGUUCUGCUGGAGCAAGAACUCAUAGAGAGAUACGACGUGGAGACCAAAGUAUGCCCUGUCCUGAUAGACCUGACAGCACCAGACAGCAAUGAUGACGUGAAGACCGAAGCCGUGGCUAUCAUGUGCAAAAUGGCCUCCAUGGUGGGAAAGGACAUCACGGAAAGACUUGUUCUUCCUAGGUUUUGUGAGAUGUGCUGUGACUGCAGAAUGUUUCAUGUUCGUAAGGUGUGUGCAGCCAACUUCGGAGAUAUCUGCAGUGUGGUUGGGCAGCAGGCCACUGAAGAAAUGCUGUUGCCGAGGUUUUUCCAGCUCUGCUCUGAUAAUGUGUGGGGAGUUCGGAAAGCCUGCGCUGAAUGCUUCAUGGCAGUUUCUUGUGCAACAUCACAGGAAGUUCGGCGGACAAAGUUGUCAACCCUUUUUAUUAAUUUGAUUAGUGAUCCUUCGCGAUGGGUCCGACAAGCUGCUUUUCAGUCCUUGGGGCCUUUCAUAUCAACUUUUGCUAAUCCAUCCAGCAGUGGUCAGUAUUUUAAAGAAGAAGAUGACAAAAACUCAGAGGACCAUGCUUCUGCACAGGAAAACAGUGAACAAAUCAGAACUACAGAAGACAUCACAACAGAGGAUGAGCACAGCAGAACAGAGGACCUGUCAUCACACGUUGACAAUGACAAUUUUGCAACAAAACUUGAAGAUGCCACGGGAGAUCAAAAUGUAGUGUCAGAUAACUCCCAGACGGAAAGUGAUUUCCAGACUGAGUCAUCCUUUCAUUGCACUUUGUCUUCAGAUUCUUGUGGGGGAAUGGCUGAUGAGAACGAGCCAAGUUCUCAUUGCUGUACAGCAGGACUACGGGAGGCUGGGCACAGUUCACAGGAAACCUCUCUUUCAGAGCAGGAAUUGUACAACUCUUUCCAUUUCUGGAGGACUCCACUUCCUGAAAUAGAUAUUGAUUUGGAGCUUCAGCAGACUUCUGAGAUAAUCCUCAAUAGAGAAAUUCAGGAACUCACAAUGCCGGUAUCUCCAAACAUUCCUAUGGCAACAAGGAAAGAGCUGGAAGAAAUGAUAGAAAAUUUGGAACCCCACAUAGAUGAUCCAGACGUUAAAGCACAAGUGGAGGUGUUGUCUGCCGCACUCAGAGCAUCCAGCUUGAAUCCUCAGGAAGAGACAGUGGCCAGCAUUGGCAAGGGAACAGACUCUCAGACUGAACUGACCAGCAGUGACCAACAAAAUUUUAAGCCUAUACUGAGUGAUAUUGUGCCUUUAAUUGGUGACCCUGUUGAGGACAUGGAUUCCACGCUUCACUAUAUUCAUAAUGAUUCAGAUUUGAGCACCAAUAGUAGUUUCAGCCCUGAAGAAGAAAGAAAAUCCAAAGUACAGGAUGUUGUACCUCAAGCCUUGUUGGAUCAGUAUUUAUCAAUGACUGAUCCAUCUCGCGCACAAACUGUCGACACCGAGAUCGCCAAACACUGUGCCUACAGCCUCCCAGGUGUGGCACUUACAUUAGGCAGACAGAACUGGCACUGCUUGAAGGAUACCUACGAGACGCUGGCAUCUGACAUGCAGUGGAAGGUUCGUCGGACGCUCGCGUUUUCCAUACACGAACUUGCCGUCAUCCUUGGAGACCAACUUACAGCUGGGGAUUUGGUUCCUGUCUUCAAUGGCUUCUUAAAGGACCUGGAUGAAGUCAGGAUAGGUGUGCUUAAACACUUGCAUGACUUUCUAAAGCUUCUUCAUCUGGACAAAAGAAGAGAAUAUCUUUAUCAGCUCCAGGAAUUCUUAGUGACCGAUAACAGCAGGAACUGGCGUUUCCGUGCAGAGCUGGCUGAGCAGCUGAUCUUACUUCUAGAUCUGUACAGUGCCAGAGACAUCUACGACUACUUGCGACCUAUCGCUUUCAGCCUCUGUGCAGACAAAGUGUCUUCUGUCCGCUGGAUUUCUUACAAGCUGGUUAGCGAAAUGGUAAAAAAGCUGUACAUGGCCUCAACGUCAACGUUUGUGGUAGACCUCAUGAGUGAACUUGUUGAAAAGUUCUGUAGAUGCCGCAAAUGGUCUGGCAGGCAAACUUUUGUCUUCAUCUGUCAGACUAUCAGUGAGGAUGACUGCCUGCCCAUGGACCAGUUUGCUGUGCAUCUGUUGCCACACUUAUUACACUUGGCAUCUGACAGGGUUCCAAACGUUCGAGUCCUGCUUGCAAAAACAUUAAAGCAAACGCUUUUGGAGAAAGAGUAUUUCCUGAAUUCUGCCAACUCUCAUCAGGAAGCUGUGGAGCAGACGAUUAUGGCGCUUCAAAUGGACGACGACAGCGACGUCAAGUAUUUUGCAAGCAUACACCCCGCCAGCACCAAAAUAGCGGAUGACGCCAUGAGCACUGCUUCAUCCACGUAUUAAACAUCUCCCCAACGUUGCUAUAAUUAAAAACUAAAUCUUGAAACAAAACUAUCCUCGUGCUUCUGAAAUGGUUGGUAGAGGACACAAACCUCUUUGGAAGGAGACAUUUCUUGCCAGAAUCAACAGGUGGAUGUGAUCUAAACCUGAUUCCAGGGAUUUUAGGUCGAGGAAAUGUAAACCUACUUAUGUCAGCUUGACUUGAGAAAAAAAAAAACACUGCUCAGAGGAUUAUUUUUGCCACCGAAGCCUUAAAUCUUCUGUCUUCCUGAACAAAUAAAACUUGAAUUGGCAGAUCAUUUUCAUUGUAGAAAGGAUGUGAUUUCCAGAGACCUGCGUUGUUUCUCCUGAGGAGUUAACUGAGGUAUUUUCUGUAGCAACUGAUAGGUGAAAUGGCUGGAAAGGCAAAUCUGUACCAGGACGUAAGACCCGCAGUAUUAGCGCUCAGAGUUUUUAUCGUUCAAGGACUCGAUCUGUGUGCAGCUUGGCACACCCUUAAGCGGGAAUAGCUUUCAUGUGUGUCAAUGGGGAAGGUAAAAAUUAGGAUUUCUCUUAAGGGCUCAGUGCUAACACUAACCUAGAAUUUGAUUUUAAUCCUUAAAUGCAGCAUAUUGCUGUGCCCAUUAGCAGAAAACUUUGCUGAGUACCUGCGUCCUAAUUAUUUUCAUGCUGGUCAUGACCUAAAGGAAAUUUAUUAGCACAUAUACUUUAAGUCAGGUAUUUUUAACUUGAUCGUGAUCAGCUCUGAGGUGCGACGUUUUUCUUCAUUUACUGUACAUAUCUGUGAGCCUCCUUGGAGUGCCGCAGUCUUUAAUCAUGUUGUUUAAAGCUGUUGUGAUACAAGUUGUUCUCUACUUGUCCAAAUAAAAUUUAAUAAGAAGA